UCUAGAAUUAUCUUUUUUUUUUUUCCAUUAUUUGGUUGUUUUCGAUGUUUCCGGAUGAUUAAUUUUGUGCUCGCGCGUGGUAUUUCGCGGAGAUAUUUGGACGCGAUUUUGGACCUUUUUGGGUUGUUUUCUGCCUCCGGAAUUCGGGGGUGGCCGGUGAGUGGGUGGGUGGAUCAAGGGUUUGGGGAAUAUUAUCUUCGAAAGUUCUUGCUGGUUUGGUUAUUCGGGUGAUUGGUUGGUGAGCUCCUAUUGUUACUUUUAACUGUUUGUUUAGAAUUAAAGGGGAAUACAUACUGUUUGAGAUUCCACGGGGUGAUAAAGAUAGGAAUUUGAUGAGUUUUGGAGGCUUGCUUGUUGAUUUCGUGGUGCUGAUGGAGAUUGGGGCAUUGGGGGCUGGUGAUCCUUCACAAAUCGAAAAGCAGCAAGUCAUGGUUAGCAUCAGGCGAAGAAGAUAUUUAGGGAUCUGUUCUGGAAAAGGUUCCUCGCCUGUGGUAGUUCCUAAACACAUUGAGAUACCGACUGCUGAUGAAAAUUCCAGUCAACAUGUUAAGACAAUGGCUGUACAUUCGGUGCCUUCAGUGGAGACAAGUCUUCAAAAUCUGGUAAGCAAGUCUGAAAUAUAUACUCGAUCGAUGGAUGAAUCUUCCAUGAUUAUGUCAAAAGAAGAGCCAAAUCCAUAUUACCCAGGUAAAGAUAUAAAACAUGGAAAGCGACAUAGGAGGAAACACAAUGACAAUCAGGAACCGUGCAUGAUGAGGGGGGUUUAUUUCAAAAAUAUGAAAUGGCAGGCAGCAAUAAAGGUCGAUAAGAAACAAAUACACUUGGGGACUGUUGGAUCUCAAGAAGAAGCUGCCCGACUAUACGACAGAGCAGCCUUUAUGUGUGGGAGAGAACCCAAUUUUGAGCUGUUGGCGGAGGAGAAACAAGAACUGAGGCAAUACAACUGGGAAGAGUUCUUGACAAUGACGCGCAGUGCAAUCAAUAACAAGAAGAACCAGAGGAGGCUUAGUCCAGGAAAGCGAAAGAAGCCGUCGGAGGCUCAGAUUUCCAGCAGCAGCAACUGGGAACAGGAAGGAGGCAGUCACGAUUCAUCAAUGUCGGACGAUAAUGAAGAUAUUGAUGCCAAUGUAUCUGUCUUGUGACCCUAGAGAAGCAUGGAGUUUAGGGUAUACGGCUCUCAUACAUUUAUUUAUUGAGGCUAAUUUAGACAUGUGCAUAGUUCCAUCAUCUCUUAGAUUUGUCUCUGAUUAAUUUGAUCCAUGUAAAGUCCUAAAUAAGUAGGGCGAGUUAGAAUUGGAUAAAAAGGCUCUUACUCAUGCUUUCCUCAUUCACUUAGCAUUUUCAAGUUGCAGCAUAAAUAUUCAUCUUGAUUGCUGCUGCAAUGUUGCUCUUCUGGGAUGUUUAAGACUAUCGUAAUACUCUCUCUUUCCAUUCUUUGAAAGACUUGGAAGAUACUUGUUCA